CUUCCUGACAAGAGCAGCCUGCUGCCGUCCAGAUCAUGAUUGGGUUGGUCCACAUUGGCUUUGGAGCGGUCUCGCUUUGUCUCAUUCCUUCUUACUACCUUAUCGUGUCUGGACUUGGAGGUUACCCCUUUUGGGGAGGGAUAUUUUUCAUUUCUUCUGGAUCACUUUGUGUAGCAGCUGUGAACCGUCCAAAUCGUUGUUUGGUACAAUCCAGUGUAGGAAUGAACACCACAAGUGCUAUAAUGGCAUUAAUUGGUAUCAUCCUGUAUCUCUGUGAGAUUAUCAUGAACAAUCGUCAUUCUAGAUAUAUUCAUCAAUAUAACAGUGGAGGUUUAAUCAUGACUGGAAAGAAGUUGGGUAAAGAAAAUAGAUCUAGCUGUAUCCUUUUUUAUGAGGGGAAGCAAUAUAUCUUAGACUGGCUGAAUCUAAAUCACGUGGCUACCCUUAACCAUACUCUGCUAAUGCCAGUUUCCCCAAUUUUCCCAUGAGGUAACUUUUACCUUAUCCUCAGCCCAUGAGUAAGAUUCCAAGCCUUGUGUCAUCAUUAUCUGGUAUAAAACUAGUAUAAAACUAGUCUUUUCCUCUCCUCUUAUUCUGACCCCAUCCAACAACAGCUUCAAAGUGUAUAAAAUCUAUUUCUCUUCACCCAUUAUCUUGGAGAUAAAGUCAGGUGACCAAGACUGGAUAUGUUAGGACAAUGCGGAGGCCUUUUGAUUUUCCUCUUUGGACUACCCAGCCUCUGUCUUAACCAUUUCUCUUUCUC